GUGUGGCGAUCAUGUUCGGUCGGAUGAAGGAGGGUUUGGGAAGCAUGAGGAAGAAAGAAUCUCCUCUGGAGACCCAGCUCAAAGAGGCAACGUCGAGAGAGAAAUGGGGCGUGCCCAACACAACAUUGCAGGCCAUAGCGACGGCCACCAACAACAUGGAAGACUGUGACAUGGUCAUGAGCUUCAAGAUCCUUCAGGACACCCUCAUGGCAGCCUCUGCAGAUGGAAGUCUGGAGGCAGCCUUGCAGAGCAAGACCCAGGUUGCCGGUCUUCUGGCGGGUUGGGCAGCUGACAACUGCAGCACCGAACACCGCCAGGCAAAUCUUUAUGAAGCCAAAGCGUGGGGCCCAGCCCGGGCCCAAGCUCAACAAGAAGCAGCUGCUGCAGAGGUUUGA